AUGUUGUCAGAUACGGCAUCCCCUGAUCAGUGGAGAACCUUCGUCCAGCGAUGUCUGGCACAUCGCGUAGACGUGGAUGAGUUCAAGGAUCUAUCAAAAUUGAUGCAGAACCGAUCACCAUUGAAAGAAAAUGACCUCCUUGAUCUACUCCUCGAGGCCCGUGCCGCAUCCAGCAUCGCCUGGGACCCGCUCCUGCCAGUCUACGUCGAUGGGCUAUGCAAGGUCGGCCAGGUGAAGGCGGCGUCAGCAUUGAGAAGACUGUUGGCGCAUUCAUCUAUUCGCCAGAAAUCGCAUUCCAAGCCAAACAUGUCGACUCUUAUGACGGACAUCAAGGUCAUCCAGGAUGUCAUGCUCUCCAUCUCAACUGGAGCAAUCCCAAGGCGAAUUGCAGAGGCGGCAGAGCUUUAUGAUGCGACAGUGGACUGGAUUGUGGCCUUUGUUGAAUGGCACAAUCACGGUCUCUCGCAGCAAACUGGCGGCCUGAUGAGCUCCCCUGACGCUGUCUCCUUGUUUGAGUCGCUUGGUAUCUUGCUUGCGGCUUUGUCCGGCACAUCGAAGGGUCUGGAAACACUAUCCAGCGACUAUCAGCAAGAACUUAAAACCAAGCUGGGUCAGGCUCUCAUCUCAUACCUACCUUUGUGUGUCGACGUGUCCCUGCCUCUUCGGCAUAGGCUGGACACGCUGCAGAAGGAGUUCAAUCUGUAUGGAGAGCAACCCUCCAAGCAGUUGGACCAUCCGACCAUCGAGGGUAUGAAUGUGAAUGCCCUCCAGUUUGAGGCUUCGGUGAUGGAUGGACCGGUGAUCAACACUAGAGCUGGUCUCUAUGUGUACCUCAAUUCCAUGCUUGUUGGACGUCCGUUGAUUGAUGACUCGAUGUUGAUCAAUUACCUCACUAACCGCUAUGAGGGCCACCAAGAAGUCCUUGUGGUGGAGAUCACAACGGCCGCCUUUGACGUCCUAUCCAAUGGCGUCCACCGCAACGAGUCCAGCCGGACCAUGUUCCUGUUCCGGACGUUCUUGGUCAACAAGCUUCCGGCGUUCUUCGCCGCGAUGACGGCAGCAUCCAUGGUGCCGAUUCCCAUGGAGAUGUACAUCACCCAGGCACUCAACCGGCUUGACCCAAACUCUUUCCCCUCUUUCUCUCAAAUGUUCUCCAUGCAGGGGAGUAGCAUUCUCUCCGAUGCCCGACAGGAGUUCCUAUUCGCUUGUGCAUCUCACAGACUCAUCCAGGAGUCUAGCAUCGAGCGCCUGCUAGGGGAAAACCCUAUGCAGACCGUACCGGUGGGCGGUCCUUACCAGAAGGACGAUCUUGUCUCGCAAAUCAACAGCCGCCCCGAGCGUGCCGAGCAGUUGAUUGGUGAGAUCGAGUCAAUGGAGGGCAAUGCAGGUGCCAUUGUCGGUGCUAUCACUGAGGUCAUGUUCAAUCUCUGCAAUCAAAAAGAGACGAUGACUCUGAAGAACAUCUGCAAUUCCCUUUCUCGACGUCCCCAAACCCUGGAUGUCAUCCUUAUGUUCCGGACCGCAAAGCAGGUUCUGCAGCCUCUUUGCGCUUUGCUGGAUUCCUGGCGAUGGGACGAAGACCAAGGCGAGAACCAGCCCGUCUACGAUGAAUUCGGCAGUAUCCUUCUACUGGUACUUGUGUUCAAGUACCGGUAUGACCUGAGCCCCGCCGACAUGGGGAUCACGAGCAAUGACUCGUUUUUGUUGAAACUGCUAGACCGGGGCUCUUGCAGUCAGAAGCUUACCGAGCUGAGUGAGAAACAGAACAAGGAUCUUGGCUCGUGGAUCGGGGCUUUGUUCAUUGCCGAGGGUAUCAAUGAAGAGACCAUGUCGACGUGUAGCCCACAGGAGUUCUAUAUGCUUGUCGCGACUUUGUUUGAUCAGAGUCUUGGAGCCUGUGAAUCAGGAAAGAUGGACUUUGAGACGCUCAAAGGUGGAUUUGAAUAUCUGCUUGAGCCCUUUUUGCUCCCGUCUCUCGUUGUGGCGCUUACUUGGCUCGGCAACCACAUCUGGCAGUCCGAAACCGAGCCCGAAAUUCCUCUAAAGACUCUUUACUCCCUCAUCAAGCCCAGUUCCAUAUCCGGCGAAGCACAAGCCAUUCACAAAACCGUCCUGCACAUCACUGCUCGCCCAUUAGAGGAACAACUGAAAGACGUCCGGACAAGACACCAAGCUCGGCAGAACAUUGAUAAGAUCUCUGACAUCAAACCAAUUCUCGAUGCCCUAGAUCCAUACCUCUCCUUCCGACGCGUUGGUAGUUGCCUUCGCUCCGAACUCGAAGUUUGGGCCGCCCCUGCAGCCGGUGGUUUCCUGGGCAGUAUCCGCGGGACUCUCCAGUCUCUCACGUUGUGGAGUGCAAGCUCGGGAAUCUCCCUUCAACCGCAGUCCUACACCCAUCGCCAGCUGCUCGCCGGAAUCCGCAUUCUCGGCUCUGCACGCGUGCUGGGUGCUCUGAUCGACGAACUAAAACAGCAGACCGAAGCCGGCAGCGGUGAUCUUGCCUUGGACAUCGCGGCGACUAUGAUUUGCGCCCCGAUGCCUGAAUCUUUCGCUGUCGACCAAAACAGCUGCCACCCCGUCGAUCAGAGCAAAGAAUCCCUGCCACGCUGUGCCAUACUAACCCUCCGCGAUGCCCUCUCACUCCAACACCAGAAUGUGCCCAAAAUCUCCGAGAAGGAACCCCUUCGUGCCGAGGUUAUUGUCCGCCUCUGGCGCCGCGUCAGCCUCCUCGCUGCCCCGCCAUCGCGGGUCUCCAAUAUCGACGUCAGCAAUAUCAUUCAGAAUAUGGAGCUCGGCGUCGGUGGCCAGGAUCGCAUGAACCUUGACGCGACGGGCGUCAGCGGUACUGGCGUUGGUCAUGACGACCCUGCAAACAUCGACCAAAUGCUUGAUAAGGCUACUGCAGCUGCGGCGGCAGGUAUGGAUGGUGUUGUUGGCCAGGAUAUUGGACUUGAUUCUAGUGUCACGGGAAUGGAUGCGAUUGAUGAUGUGCUUAACGCCGCGGAUAUGGCGGUGGGUAAUCCGGAGUUCCUGGAUCUGGAUAUGGAGGGUAUGUUUUAG